AAAUAAUUAUUUUUUUAAAAGUCUCUAUGUUGAUGACACUGUAAAAUGGUGCACUGUCUCUUUAAAUGGUAUCGAUGUGAAAAGUUCAUGGCAGGUCUCAAUGUCAGCCGAGCACACACAAACACACACACACACCCUCCCUCUGCAGUGUUUCCGCCCGAGCAGCUCCGAGUCACUGUCAUGUAAACACUCCUCAAAGCAGUGUGAUCGGUAUAAUUAACCGAGCAGCGGCAGAGAAAGAGGGAAAACGAAGGAGAAGCGUCGCGCAGAGGUAAACUAAUCACCCAGCCAGGGCAGCAGAUGGCCGGAGACAGCGGGGAAGAAAGGAAGCGGCUGCCGAAGAGACUUACAUCCGGGCACAGAGCGGGGAGCGCGAGCGGCGGCGCGAGCGAGCCGGACAGGACUCAGGGCAGAGCGGGGAGCUGUGCGGAGCGCGGAGGCCGGAGAGAGCGAAGAGGGAAAGAGAACAGCGCGGGGAAAGCGAGGCCAAACCCGGAGAAGAUGGACGACGCGGAGUGUUGCGGAUCCGCCGACAGGGCAGACCCCGGCCUUUUCUUCGACGAGGACAGCAACCACAUUUUCCCAGUAGAGCAGUUCUUCGGAAACCUGGAUGCAGUUCAGGACAUUUCACACAGAUCUUCUGGCACAGAUGGAAUGAGCAGACGGGAGUACAGGAGGCGCCAUUACUUUGCCAAAGAGGACAGUGAUGAGGAGCGGACAUAACACACCAGCUGGGUUUAAGCUCUGACCCAUGCGUUGCAUGUACAUCUAUUGAAGAUUUGUGUGAUCAUGUGAUCAUUCGUUAUAUCGGCAGAGUCGUUAUGUAUAGGGGAACAAAGUUUCCUAAAGAGUGUGUAUGUGGGUUUAUCUAAUGUAAAAUAUAUAUAUAUAUAUAUAUAUAUAUAUAUAUAUAAUAUGAAAAUAUGAAAAAAAAAUCCUUUGUAAGCAGCUCUUGUGAGGGCAAAAUUUAAGGAAAUUUAAUGUAACUUAAAAACAAGAAUAUUUUCAAAGGAUUUUACUACAUCCGUAGGAUAUUUACCAGUUUUCCCGUCCAGUCUCAGUUCUACCAGCAUCCUGAGUGCACAAUAGAUAACUAUCAGUUUCAUUUCAGGGAUUAUCGUCAUAACAGUUAUCACAGUGAAGAAUGUUUGAGUAUUACACCAGCUUUUUUUUUUUUUUUUUCAGUGUUGCAGCUAAAAAAAUAGAGAGUUGAGGCCUUGAUAAAGAAUAUAUAUAAAAGAGUCUUUUGUAAAAAAAAAAAAACCUAAUGCACGUUUGGUUUUAAGAAGAUUUUUGUGCUUUGUUUUAGUAAAGUAAGUCUAAGUAGCACUGAUAGUUUAUUAAGGUUAGACUUGUUGAAAAAGUACAGGAGUUCUUGUGAUUAAAGUCUAAGAUGAAGUUUUAUGAAAGUUGAACUUGAACAAGAGGCACUUCAGUGCAACAGAAAGGUAAAUCAGAAGGCGGUUAAUCUGUGUAGAAUAUUGUUUUUGUUUUAAAAUGUAAAAGACGAUAAAGAUGGUGGACCCAUUGGUCUCCCGUCUAAGGUGUAUCUUGCUUCAGAUGAGGCUCCAAAUCCACAAUGACUCUGACGAAGGUAAAGCAUUUACAAAAUUCGAUAGCGUAUGAGUGAAUAAAAUAGUUUUUCCAUAAUAUUAUGAAGCACUUAAGUUAGAAACAUAAAUGGGAGCUCUGGUCCUUGUAUAGGCAGACUUUGAUGUGAUGAGACACACUUAAUAUGGACAGGAGGUUCAUUUUACAUGUCGUGUCAUGACAUGUCAAGUGCCUCAGACAGGAAAAAAAAAGUAAUUCUUAACUUUUAAUGACUGAAUAUUGCUGUUUAUUUUUUAAAUACCAGCUUGAUGGGUAUUUACAUUUGUUUGGAUAUUACAUUUACAUGCAUUAAUUAUAUUAUAUAUUUGUGUAUAUAUUUAUAUUUAACCAAGUAAAUGUUCUAUAAACUUGAAUGACAUUGUAAAUCUGAAAUUGCCAAGAGAUUCUAUUUAUAUACCGGGUGACCCAAAGUCUGGAUCCACAAACACAAAUGUAUUUAAAAUGGCAAAUUUUCAAAUUGAUGGCCUCUGAUGUUGUGGUACUUGUGUACACUCGGAAUACAAGAACUUUGAACAUUUCUUAAUGUAUUAGAAAAAAAGUGUCAUGUUAGGUCUGGCUUUAUUUGAUCUGGUGUUCAAAUAAAAUAAAUUGUUUUGUAGCCUUCUUGGAUCUUAUAUGAAAAAGAUUUAUAUCAGGAAAAAAGGCAAUGGGCCACCCUGUAUACAGUUUUGUUUAAAACAUUUGCACUAACUUUAUAAGCAAAGUUGUGACUUGUAAAAAAUUUUAUACACAUAAAAUGUCUGUGAAAAAUUAUAAGGUAACAUUCUUAUGUCUUGGUUUACGACGUCUCUAUUUUUGUAUUAAAAAAAGAUAAAUCUUUGUGCUAAUUUUGUUACCAAAUGCUUCAUUUAUAUAAUGUUAAUAUUUAAAUGUUAUAAACAUUCUAUAUUACUCUUCUUUACACUUUAAAAAGUAAAAUACUCUGUCCAGACAGUACAUGUUUGUUGAUUUAAAAACAGCAUGAAAUUAAAUGGAAGUGUUGUGGCUUA